AUGGCGCUGCGGGGGACCGGCGGUGGCGAGACGGAGUCGGGUUAUGUUGUGGAGGGGACCCUUGCAAAGACCAUUAUCAAUGAGCCAAGAGAAGUGACGCUAGCUAAUGGGCUCACUGCUCCUCUUCAUAUGCAGGUCCACUACAUCUCUUUUUCAGCUCAUGCUGAUUUCCCUCAGACAAGCAACUUUCGGGAUGAGCUUCGACCACCCAAUAUUAUUCUUGUACAUGGCGAAGCAAAUGAAAUUUCAAGGCUUAAACAGAAACUUAUUGCUCAGUUUGAUGGUACAAAUACGAAAAUUGUGUCUCCCAAGAAUUGUCAAUCAGUGGAGAUGUAUUUCACUUGUGAGAAAAUGGCCAAGACUAUUGGCAGGCUGGCAGAAAAAGUACCAGAAGUUGGAGAGUCUUCUGGUGGCUUACUUGUGAAGAAGGGAUUCACAUAUCAGAUUAUGGCUCCUGAAGAUCUCCGCGUGUUCACACAGUUAUCUACAGCUAACAUCACUCAGCGCAUCGCAGUCCCUUACUCUGGUUCUUUUGAAGUCAUUAGGUACAGACUGAAGCAAAUAUACGAGAGCGUGGAGUCAGCAACAGAAGAAUCUGAUGCUCCAGCAUUGAUCGUGCAUGAAAGAGUGUCAGUUCGCCUGGAUUCAGAAAGUUAUGUUACACUGCAGUGGUCAUCCGAUCCCAUCAGUGACAUGGUGUCUGAUUCUCUGGUGGCUAUGAUCUUGAACAUCGGUCGGGAAGGUCCCAAAGUUGUUCCGGUUGAAGAAGCAGCGAAGACCAAAGAAGAGACAGAAAAGGUUGCUCAAAAGGUGGUGUAUGCUCUUAUGGUAUCACUUUUCGGUGAUGUUAAAGUUGCAGAGGAUGGGAAAUUUGUCAUAUCUGUAGACGGAAAUGUGGCACACUUGGAUGGGAGGAGUGGCGAUGUUGAAUGUGAAAAUGCUACACUCAAGGAGCGGAUCAAGGAGCGGACCAAUCCCACUUUCAGCCUCUUGAUAACUUGUUUGACAUUUCCCAGCUGA